UUAUUAUGUGCCAAAAAGUAUACUACUAAUAAUUAUCAUUAUCACUAUACAAUAUGUUAGUGUAUUAAUUAUUUAUAGCUAAAAUUUUCAUAAACAAGUUGUGGGCUAUCUAUAUUAAUUAUCGUUGGGCCUGAAUGAGAAAAAAGAGAAAGCGAAAAAGCCCUAGAAAAUUCUCCAUCCUUAUUUCUUCAUCUCCUCUGUUUCCUUCUCCCUGAAGCGCGAACAAAUUCCUCCACGAACUCUCCAGCGUUGCCUUUUUCUGAGCUAACAUUUGUUGGUAAAGUUACUAGGUUCAUAUGAGGUUCACCAAGCAAAAGCGGCACCGCAAAGCUGUGCGAUUUUUCACGUCCUGCUUCGGGUUUCGGGAGCCGUUCAAAGUCCUAUGCGACGGGACCUUCGUGCACCAUCUUAUAGCAAAUCUAAUUGCUCCAGCUGAUACCGCAUUGACGAAUAUCCUUGGCGCGCCCGUCAAAAUAUUCACCACCAGAUGUGUUGUUGCGGAGCUGAAAAGCCUCGGUAGCUCUUACUCUGACUCGGUCGAUGCUGCGCGUAGCCUGAUGGUUGCAAGAUGUGAUCAUGAAAAGCGGAAGAGUGCUAUAGCAUGCAUAACAGAAGUUAUUGGAGAAAAAAACACUGAGCAUUUCUUUGUCGCCACACAGGAUGCGGAGCUGAGGAAAAAGUUUCAACAGAUUCCAGGUGUGCCUCUAGUAUAUGCUCUCAGAAAUGCUCUCUUUCUUGAACGCCCUUCAGCUUUUCAGCAAGAGUCUGCAAAGGCUGCUGAAGAGGAACGGUCACGUAUGACUGAGUUGGAGUUGAAGAUGCUAAAGUUAAAGAAGAAAAAGGUAGCUAAUGAUGAAGGAAGGAAUUCUUCUGAAACAGAAGAAGAACAGAUUUUAGAGACACUGAUUCCCAGGACAGAUGUUAAGAUGACUAGAAUUGAUAAAGCCGAUAAAGCUCAAUUCAAGCGGAAGAGAGCUAAGGGCCCAAAUCCUCUAUCAUGCAAGAAGAAAAAGAAACAAGGAAAUACAGAUACUGCUUCACAAAAGAUGAGAAGUCAAGUUCGGUCUCAGGAAGGAGAUGGUGAUAAUAGCGCAAGAAACAGGAAACGGAAGAGGUCGAGGAAAAACAAGACUUCCACUGAGUUGUGAUGCAAAUUGUAUUUCUACAACUAAAACUUUCCGACUUGUACUAGAGCUUGUACCUUCAGUGACCCAAAGUUUUGAAGAGAUAUGUUACGAUUCAAUACAAAUGAAAUCAAUUUAUCUUCCUUUUGAUCAA